AUGGCACCAGAAGGUGGUGAAGCGAGCGGAAAUGAUGAUGGACCAUCCGGUGGAGGAGGGGUAGGAGCGGAAGGAGCUGCAGGCGGCCCCUCGUCAAACGCGCCCGGUAGUGACGACCAACAGCAACAGCACCAUAGUGGCACCGGUUCUUCCGGCACGGGCGGGGGAGGAGGCGGUGGUCAUAGCUUUGGUGGUCACCACAGUAUUGACAGUGGUGCCAACAGUGGCAACCUGAGUAAUAGCAAUGAGGGUAAAUGUGGUGGCAGUAGUGGUGGAAGUAGUAGCAGCAGUAGCAGUAGCAGCAGCAGUUGUUCUGUUGGCAGUAACAGCGAUGCCGCAGUGGUAGUUGCUGCUGUGGCGGCCACUGCGCUCGCCUUGAAUCAGCAGCAGCAUCAUCAGGAGCAACACCAGCAGCAACCACCGCCGGCGUUGUCGAUUGGCUCCUCGGCUGCUGCGACGGCCGCUGCGAUGGCGGCGCUGGUCGGUGGAAACGUGAUAGCCGAUUACAUGAAAUGUGACGUGAAGGGUGGCUUUCCGCUGACCUCCCUGGCCUCACCACCACUAGGCGGCGGCAGCAGCGAGGGCGAGGGGCCGUCUUCGCAGCAGUCCCAGCAGCAACACCUGGUCACGGCAACCCCGUUGCAUCUGCCAUCGCAGUCGCAGGCGCUGUCGUUGCAUCAGCAGCUUCAGCAGCAGCAAUCCGCUUCGAUGCCGUUGCUGUCCCCGAAAUCGCCACCGAUCGAUGAGCAACCGUGCGAUCUACGGAUGCUCACGCCGGCCACCUAUCUGCGCGAGCUUGCCAGCGGUGUCUCGAAGGAGUCACUCGCGUCGGCAGCGGUGGCGGCGGUGCAGCUGGCCGCCUCGGCCAACACGGGCAGUGCCAGCACGGCGGCCGCCCUGCCGAUGCCGAUAUUCAAGGGCAUCAAUAAGCAUGCGGCGACGGAGGAGAAUGCCCAGUUGCAGACACAGAUUGUGAAAGAGGAAGCACAGUUUACUGUCCCAUCGGUGGGAAAGGUUGAACCGCUGGAGGAUGACGAUGGUGGUGGGCAAAGGAACCCCCCCGAACAGAACGACGAAAAUGAUGAGGAUGAUGGCGACGAUAGUGAUGAUGAUGAAGACUAUGUGAUGAGUGAAAAGUCUGGCCUAGCGCGAUAUGGCACGAGCACCAGCAUCCUCACGACGGCGGCAUCGCUGUUCGAGGAGUCGCACGGGGCCUUGUCGUUCGUGCCCGUCGGUUCAAACCACCAUCAGAUGCACCCGCCCGUGCCGCAGGAUACCCUGAGCGACGACAUAGCGCUGAUGGUGGGGCGCCCGGACGAGUUGGGCUACUUUCAGUGUCCGAUUGGAACGUGCGAUCGAAAAUACAAGAUCAAAUACUCGCUGCUACGCCAUCUGCGCAACGAGUGUCUCGCCGAUCGGCGCUACGCUUGCCCGAAGUGUGAUAAGAAGUUUUGUUACUCCUUCAUUCUCAACCGGCACCUGCUGAAGGUGCACAAGGAAAGUCCGGGCUACUACUGA